AUGUCUUCUUUGUCUGCUUCCAUCCCUUCAACUCAACAGGCUGUAGUCCUCCCUGCAAAGCGCAAGCCUUUCACCUCACAAACCGUCUCCGUUCAUCCUCCGGCCCCAGGAGAAGUCCUCGUCCGCGUCGCCUGGACUUCAUCAACGCCUCUCGACCUUCACCGUGCUGAUGGAGGUCUUCUCAUCCCCGAGUACCCAUCUCAGAUGGGCAGUGGCGGCGCUGCUGGAAAAGUAGUCGCUGUUGGAGAUGGUGGUGAUCUAAAGGGGUUGGAUGUCGGUGAUCGCGUUGUUGCCUUUGCUUUUCAUGGGGGAAAGGAAGCGAAUCAUCAGGAGUACAUCACCAUUCCUGCAUAUCUUGUAUCCAAGAUCCCAGGCGGCAUUUCAUACCAAGAAGCUGUGACAGUCUCAGUGAAUCUGGUCACAGUAUUUCAUACUGUUACUGCAGAUCUGAAAUUGGAGCUUCCUUGGCCUGUGCCAGAGAAUUACACUCCCAAGGAAGCGGACAGUCCCGUCCUCAUCUGGGGUGCUUCCAGCAGCGUGGGCAUAUAUGCGCUCCAAGUUCUCAAGCACUGGGGUUUCAAGAAUCUCAUUGCUGUAGCCAGUGAGAAGCAGCAUGACUACCUUCGAAGCAUAGGCGCAACCCAGACUUUCGACUACCGCAGGGCCGGUGUCGUUGAGCAGGUUCUCAACUCGAUUGAGAACAAGCCAGAACCCAAAUUGCCGUACAUCAUCGACUGUAUCGGGUCGCUUGAUGGUACUCUCAAACCUCUAACAAGGAUUGCUCAGCCUGGCAGCAUCGUGGCAGUCAUGCUACCUGUCAUCCUCAAAGACGCUACGGUGGAAGAGGAGCCGGAGUAUGAGAUGGAUGUCUCCAAGGUUUUGAUUGGAGAAUGGGCUGAUGGGGUCGAAGUCCGAGGUGUCCGCACUCAUUUCUAUCUUUCAAAUGAGUUCUUCGGGGAAAGGUUGCAGCCAGAGGUCGUACCUCAACUCCUCAAGGAUGGCAUUAUCAAGCCUAACAGGUACCGCGUAGUAGAGGGUUCAUCAGCUGUCGAAAGGGCGCAAAAAGCAGUUGAUAUCUUGAGAAACAAGGAGGUCAGUGGCGAGAGAUUGGUCUGGAGAGUCGCCGAGAGCGAUAUGUGA